AUGUCAAGCGAAAGUUCUGAGGAUGCCUUUUCAUCUGAUGAAUCAAGUGAAGACGAAGAUUUCGACGUCAAAGAAGAAACCUCUCGCAAGCGGGUCAAAAAAUCUUCAUCAAAGGGCACAAAACACCAAAAAAGGAGUGCUAAAUUCACAAAAAAUCAAUUUCUUGAAAUUGCUGCAGAUGAAGGUGAAGAGGACGAAGAAAGUGACAUUGAUCCUGAAUAUGAGCACGAGCGUCGUGAAGCUGAAAGACUUCUAAGUUCACUGCCUAAGCGCCGAGAUUAUUUAUCAGAAGAAAAGCCUGAAGACAUUGCAAGAAGAUUUGAGCAUAGAGCGACUUUACAAAUGACUGACAUCCCUAAAGACCUUUCUCAAGUCUCCCAGCAGAGAAAUUUGCCAUCAAUUCAAGACCCGAAAUUGUGGCUUGUAGGGUGUAGGAAUGGGAAAGAAAAAGAAGCGGCCAUGAAUUUGAUGCAAAAAGCUUUAUUUAAGAUGAGAGAAGGAGAGCCAUUAGAAAUUUUUUCAGCAUUUGCCUCAAAUCAUGUAAGAGAUUAUAUAUACGUAGAAGCCUAUAAGAAGGUUCAUGUUGUUACUGCCAUUAAAGGGAUUCAUUUACUGCUUGAAUAUAUUUAUUUUUUUAUAUAAAUAAUAUCAAAAUGCAAAUUAUUUUAUAUAAAUAAGCAUUUAUAAAAAAAAUCAUAAGAUUUCUAUUGUCCCAAUUGAAGAAAUGGUAGACGUUUUUUCUAUGGACAAAGCCAAAAAACUUACCAUUGAGCCUGGAAAAUUUGUCAGAAUCAAAUCAGGAGACUACAAAGGAGAUAUAGCCCAAAUUGUAAUGGUCGAAGAACACAGAGAUCGCGCACAAGUAAGAGUGGUCCCACGUCUUGAAAAAACCAGUAACCGCAAAGUGCGACCUCCAGCCAAACUUUUUAACCCAAAAGACUACCCUGACUGUGAAACCAAAAGAGACGUCAUGUCCCGAGACAUUUUUUUCUUAUGAAAUGGCUUACAAUUCCGCAACGGUCUGCUUCACAAAUCAAUGGCAAUCCGUAGUCUCCAGACUGAAAAUGUGGCCCCAACCCUCACAGAAAUCCAAAUUUUCCAAACUUCUUCACAAGAAGAAGAAAACAAGCCUUCACAAUUCCAAGGCAGGAAAAUCCAUUAUUCGCAAGGCGAUCGUGUCAAAGUAAUUAAAGGAGAUGCCAGAGGACUUACAGGGACUGUUAUGAGGGCUGCUGAAGGAAUGGUCACAAUCCUUCCAAGUAUAGCAGAACUUGCCAAUCAGCAGCUAAAUUUCCCUGAGUCUGAAGUCAGCAAGUUUUUUGAGGUCGGCGACCAUGUAAAGGUAUCUGGAGGGAGAUAUUCAGGUGUUACCGGGAUGAUUGCGGCUACCAAAGAAACGACUGCAGAUUUAAUGUGUGAUGUCUCCAAAGACGUGAUUUCAGUUCUUUUUAAUGACUUAAAGUUAACUGAUGAAAUAAGCUCGGGAGUCCAGCAUACUGAGGCUUAUAAAGUCUAUGACAUCGUCACAUUAAAUAAUGAUAAAGCCUUUGGUAUAUAUUUUUUGUGCUAAAUUGUAUUAUGUUUUGGUAAUUUUUGUGGUUAUGGCCCAGAAUUAAAAUAAAAUUGGCUUGAAAUUAUUAUCAAAAUGUAUAUUUAUGGGGUUUUGUAUGAUAAAAUUGCCAAAGUAUUAUAGAAAAUAGGAAAUAGUUAGGGAUUUAUAAAAUAGAUAGGAAAAUGAAUAGUUGUUAAGGUAGAUAAUGACUGUGUAAAGGCUGUCAUGGAUAAUGGGGAAACUAAAAAUGUAUGGUAUCAUGAGGUAGCCAAGAAAUAUAUCGCCAGAAGAGCUGCUGCAGUUGAUAGAGAUGGGAAUUCAUUAGUUGCAGGAGAUAUGGUAAAAAUCAGCUAUUUUAAGCAUGAUCUGCAUGAUAAAAUUGGGGCGAUAAAAAAUUCAUUAAGAGGUGUGUUAUUUUUAAAUAUCCCUGAUUCAGUGGCCACUGCAAAUAUAGUCCCUAUAAAGGCUAGCUAUUGCUUAAUUAUACUAUAUUUAUAUAAAUCUGUCACGUUUUAUAAUAAAAUAUUAUUAAUUCAAUUGAUUAUAAUUUACCUUAUUAGGCGGCGAAAGAAAAGAGGUAGCAGCUCCUGAGCCUUCUCCAAAAGACGUUGUUGGCAAAUAUGUAAGAAUCACUGAAGGCCCAUAUCGUGGGUAUACAGGGAAAAUCAUAAAAUUGAUGGACAGAAGAGCUAUGAUUGAAUUAAACACCAAAAACAAAACUAUAACAAUUGACCUUAGCGCCUGUGCAGAGGUAAAAUCUGUUGCAAACGGCAUGGCUAUUCAAUCUGCACAAGACGUAAUGAAAACUCCUGCACAGUCCCCUGGGUAUCCUAUGCAGACGCCAGCACCUCACGAUAUUGCAUCUCCAUGGGAAACCCCUAGAAAUGAUCCAUUUAAAGCUGAUUAUAUGCGCUCGCCUAGUGCUUCGCGUAGAUACUAA